CUAUACAGCCAUGUCAACCACGACGCAACUGCCAACGUUUCUGAAUCUGGAUAUCCUCAGGUUGCCCCGCGACAGUCUUCGAGAAUGCGUAUUCUUCACCCCCAAAACUGUAGCUGCAGCUAUCUUGAACGGCUGUUCUAAGGACGAGCUCAAGAAUUACCUCCAAAGUCAUGAUCGCAGAACUGUCGAACGCCAGAUUUCAGAUAACAUCAACGAGCGCCAUUCCGCCCUAUUCUAUGCCGCAAAGAGAAAUGCUGUAGACAUCGUGGGACUUCUUCUGGAGUAUGGUGCCGACCCUCAAGCAAGAGACCCAUCGAACAUUCCUCUUCUGGCCGCCUCGAUCAUGUAUUCGAAAUGGACAUACAAGAAUGUUGACAAGGUUAUCGCGCUAUUGCUUUCCUACGGUGCUACCCCUUAUUGCAUACCAGAGUACAUGUGGUCAACCUACAUCAAGAUGCCAAAUGAAGGAUGUCUCAAGGACAACCCUGGUCAUCCAUCGGCCGCCUGGGCCAAGAAGCAGCACCGAAUUGUUCUUGAAGAAACCUUGAACCUCACUGUCCGAUACCAUCUCAAUCGUGCAAGUCUGACAAAGCUCGCGACAACGAAACAACGCCAGAUAGCGCAACUUCUUGGAUGUCCGAGGAUUCUCCAACUUCCCUUUCAUAUUGUUGGACAAGACCACACUCUGGAAAUUGUCAAGAACAAGAUCCUCGCAUACGAUGCCAUGAACAGAAGACGACCUCUAGUUCUGACCUUUGCUGGUCUUNNUUCGGGUCCCGGCAAGACAGAGCUUGCAACUAGUCUCGGACAUCUCCUGGGUACAGAAGUAUGCAAUAUUUAUAUGAGCAAGAUGCAAGACCCGAGGAAUCUGUUCGGUUGUGCUGCUCCCUUCGAGGAAUAUGAUACAGGAUCUCCUCUGAACAAUUACUUGACCAGCCAUACAGCUCAAAAAUGUGUUGUGUUCUUGGACGAGUUUGACAAGACUAACCAAAAAGUGCGCCAGUCUUUGCUUACCAUUCUGGACUCCGGGUCCGUCUGGAUCCUCGCAUCCAACAAGGGCGACGAUCUCAUCUCGAAGUUCUACGAUAAGAACCUCGAGGGUAAGACUGACCGCGAAAGGCGGGAAGUGUCUAUCAAAUCGCUCGAGCGGAACCUUUCAAGACUUUUCGUCGAAGAAUACACUCCUGCCGUGGCCGGCCGUGUUGAUAGUUUCUUGCCCUUCUUCCCCUUCAGUCGCGACGAAGCUGCCGUGAUCCAUCACAAGUUCCUGAGGUCCUUGGAUGAUCAGAUUCGUCUUCCGAUCGAUCUAACCAACAAGCCCCCUCAUCCAGUCGGUCAUCUUCAUCUGUCACUCGUGAGAGAUGGAGAUCUCUGCAAGUUUCUCUCUGAAAACUACUACGUUCGUGAUCUGGGAGCAAGAUCGAUUCACAACUGCGUUGAUGGCCUUGCUGAUGAGCUGUUCAUGCUUUACACUUCCUCCGACGGUGAAAUUACCGAAGCCACCAACGAUCAGCCUCAUGUCAAAUACACAAUGCAGCUUCAUCCCGUCGACCAGACCUUUGAGGUCGCAAUCCGCGAGGAUGGCGAGACUCUGAUCCCGUCUGGU